AAUGUUGAUGUGCCAGUGAAGGGAAGGGCCAGGGAGAAGAGAAGGUGAGAGAUGGAGAGGCAGUGAUGAAAGCCUCUCUUACUUUACAAAUUUGCUAGUGACCAGUCCCAACAUGUGAAUGAACACACUAAUGAAUAAGCAAAGGCGUGCUUGCGUAAGAAGAGCAAAUAAAAAUAAUUGUGUAACACAUCACACAUGCCCUACGGAGCCUGCAGAAGGAACCUAGGGAGGGGCGUCACUGUGAGGUGCAUGGGUGGUAUGAUCUGGGUUCUCCUUAAAAACCAGAGCCAACUGGGCAGCCCUGGGAAGGGGUCACCAUCCCUCUGGAGGGAGGCCAGCAUUUCAUUCCUCUACUGCCUCAGUGUGUUGGGGAGGGAGGUGCCUUCUGAUAACCAUCUUUGGAGGUUUUGCAACCCCAUGAGUGAAUCCUUGAGGGCUGAGAGCUGAGCAGCGCCCUCCUUCUUAAGUCUGGCCCAGCGCGGCGGCCACCUGUACUCCUGGGAUACAAAGCAUGGGCAGAGGGGGCGCUAGCAGGGCCAGGACGCUGCUCGCGAAUCCAUCUGGGGCUUGGGGCCUUUACCAGCCUUUGGGAGCUGCCUCCUGACAGAGCCUGACAGGUCCAGGCAGCCGCUGCCAGCGCCACCCGUGGGUGUCCCUGCUGCCCGGGAGAGACAGCCCCAUUCCAGGCUCCAGGCUGGCAGGGCAGCUUGGCGGCGAGUUCUGACAGGAGGGCGGCCCGUGCUCGGGCAGCCCGCCUCUGAGGGGUUCUUCCCCACCACCGGAGGCCCUGUGCCGGGCAGAUGGACGAACAGGUGUUCAAAGGGGACCCAGACACCCCUCAUUCCAUCUCCUUCUCCGGCAGUGGAUUCCUCUCCUUUUACCAGGCCGGAGCUGUGGAUGCCUUUAGGGACCUGGCCCCUCGAAUGCUGGAAACGGCCCAUCGCUUUGCCGGCACGUCGGCAGGUGCAGUGAUUGCGGCCUUGGCCAUCUGCGGGAUUGAAAUGGAUGAGUACCUCAGAGUCCUCAAUGUGGCUGUGGCAGAGGUGAAGAAAUACUUCCUGGGGCCCUUGUCCCUGUCCUGUAAGAUGGUACGGAUGAUGAGGCAGUUUCUGUACGAUGUUCUGCCUGAGGACUCCUACAAGGUCACCACGGGAAGGCUCCAUGUGGCCCUCACGCGGGUCCAGGAUGGAGAGAGUGUGGUGGUUUCAGAGUAUACGUCCAAGGAAGAGCUCAUCGAGGCCCUGUACUGCAGCUGCUUUGUCCCUGUGUACUGCGGCCUCAUUCCUCCCACUUACCGCGGUGUGCGGUACAUGGAUGGGGGCUUCACAAACAUGCAGCCCUGCUCUUUCUGGACCGACAACAUCACCAUCUCCACCUUCAGCGGGCAGCAGGACAUCUGCCCACGGGACUGCCCCGCCAUCUUCCACGACUUCCGCAUAUUCAACUGCUCCUUCCAGUUUUCCCUGGAGAACAUCACCAGGAUGACCCAUGCCCUGUUCCCCCCAGACCUGGUGAUCCUGCACGAUUAUUACUACCGAGGGUAUGACGAUGUCGUUUUGUACUUGAGGCGUCUGAAUGCUGCUUACCUUAAUUCUCCUUCCAAGAGAGUGAUUUUCCCUCGGGUAGAAGUGUACUGCCAGACAGAACGUGCCCUGGGCCAUGAAUGUCCUGAACACAGUAAGGCAAGCCUCCAAACAGAGCAGGCCAGUCUGGAAGAAUCUACACAACUGGCUCCCGAAGGGGAAGGAAGGGGUGACCAUGCUCCACCUCUGUCCCCACCUGUGCAGACCCCUGACUCCACGUGGGAGAGGCCUGUGGAAUCACCUCUUUUGCCACCUGGAUCACUCCCAGCUGUGCACUUGGACCCCAGCUCAACACCUGGGCCAUCACCUGGAUCACCAUCACUGCAGGUACAAUCGACUGGAUCACCACUCAGAACCCCAUCCCCGCAGUCAUCUCUGUCACCCAGGCCAUUCCUGGGGCCUUGUGCUGGGGGGACACCUCCAACAUUGCCCCGAUGUGCUCCUUCAGCGUCACCUGCACAGCUACCAGUGGAGGAACUGGGCCCAGAACUACCCCAGGAUAUGGACCCUUCUGGCUUCUUACAGCUUCCUGGUGUCUGGAGCCCGCUGUCUGUCUACUUUCUGGGCUGGGGUUGGGGCAGGGCUCGGAUGGUGGCGGACACAGGACAGGUCACGAACCACCGUUACUUCAUCUCUUUGCCCAGGGAGAGCCCAGCUGAAGACUCCCAUUGUGCGAGCAAGGUGUUCAAGAGAAACAAACAAAAGGCAAGUGGCGCCAGAAAAGUCUUCCCAGGACAUCCACGAUCCCAGAAACCAGGCAGCAAAGUGCAGUGACCAUGACUGAAGUUUCCUAAUUCCAUGGGGAAGAGCAGUUUGGGGAAUGGUCUGCAGGAAGUUUAUGGAGAGUGGGCGUUGCGGGGGGAGCGGUCAGUAAGGAUGGGAACGAGGACCUGGGUGGGCUUUGCUGUCAGAUGCACCCAAAAAAUCCCUGCUCUGCUGCAGUCUCACCCGGCGAGCAAGCUGAGGACACUUGGUCGUUCUGCACCUCUGUUUCCUGAUCUGUAAAAUAGGGCCGAGACCAACUCAUAAGGCUCUUGUGAAGGUUUAACAAGGUCAGCCUUGUAUAUUGCUUCCCAGAGCGCCAGAGUGUACAGCACUCAAUAAGCAAGAGAUAUUAUGGUUCUUUAACUCUCAGAGGUUAACAUGCCACCUCUCAGCUUCUGAGUAGAACUUUACGUAAAAACCAGCCUGGAGUUCCCGUC